AUGUGGAUAAUUGUGAGGAUGAAGUUGUUGUUGGCGUUAAAAAAGAUGAAAUUCUCGUCCCUGUUUCUCGACAAGAUUUUGAACAGAGACCGUCAGCAGCAGCACAACCUUUUACUGCUAUACACCCGCGACAGUCUUUUGUUUUUACUCCACGUACAAGUGGGAAGUAUGAGGUUUCUGUGAAAAGCACUGCAAGCAAUGCACAUUUGGGAAGUAGUCCGUAUAAG